CCAGUUCACUCAAAAUCAGCUGUUCAAAGUGAGCGCUUGUGUUUCCUCCUAAAUGGCUUGUGUGGCCUUUAUUUGAAAUUCAAAUUUCGGAAAAAAUGAAUUAAAAUCUAAUCGAAUCGUUGUCAAACAUGAGAAAAAACUAUUCGAACGCUAAAUAUUCGAAAUUGCCCGCGUCGUACGCGUACAAAGAUGUGCCCCAUUUGUCCCUGCUACAUCAGAAUUUGGACGAUGGCACAACCAUCAAUUGGCUGGCAGCCAGCGAAGCCAGCAGUUUGGCUCACGAAGAAGUGUCCCAAAGGCUAGAAGUCGACGUCAAAGUCGGCCUGGCAUGGCCGGAAGCCACAAAAAGACGCGUGGCAUCCGGCUACAACGAGUUUUCGGUGACAGUCGAAGACCCGCCAUGGCAAAAGUACUUGGAACAAUUCAAAAAUCCCUUGAUCUUGCUGCUGCUGGCUUCCGCAGUAGUUUCGGGGGCCAUGCAACAACUAGACGACGCUAUCAGCAUCACUUGCGCCAUCAUUAUCGUUGUAACUGUUGCCUUCGUGCAAGAGUACCGGUCUGAACAAAGUUUGCAGGAGCUGACCAAGCUGGUACCACCUGCUUGUCAUUGCUUACGUGAAGGUACUCCUGAUACUUUUUUGGCUCGAGAGUUGGUACCAGGCGAUAUAGUAAUACUCAAUGUAGGCGACAGAGUACCGGCAGAUUUGCGGUUAUUUGAGACAAACGAUUUGCUUAUAGAUGAAAGCAGUUUCACUGGAGAAACUGAGCCUUCAAGAAAAAAUACCGAUUCUGUUCUGAGACCUAAUGGGGCUCACGCGUCCAACACCAACAUAGCUUUUAUGGGCACUCUGGUGCGGGCGGGCAACGGCAAGGGUAUAGUGGUGAGUACGGGCACAAACAGCGAAUUCGGUUCAGUAUUCAAAAUGAUGCAAGAAGAAAAAGCGCCCAAAACGCCCUUACAAAAGUCCAUGGACUCGCUGGGGGCCCAAUUAUCCCUCUACUCUUUCGCUAUUAUCGCUGUAAUUUUACUUAUUGGCUGGUGGCAAGGCAAACUCCUACUGGAAAUGUUCCAGAUUGGAGUCAGUUUAGCUGUAGCUGCAAUCCCAGAAGGUUUACCAAUCGUUGUCACUGUGACGUUGGCCUUGGGCGUGAUGCGGAUGGCUAAAAGAAAAGCAAUAGUAAAAAAGUUGCCCACUGUUGAAACUUUGGGGUGCGUCAACGUUAUUUGUAGCGACAAAACCGGUACCAUCACUAGAAAUGAAAUGACGGCUACGGUUCUGGUUACUUCGGACGGGUACAUAGCUGAACUUACUGGGGCAGGAUACAACGAUCACGGUCAAGUUUUGUUGCACAAGUGCGAUCAACCUGAAAAGGCUAGAGACAGUGUAGCGAAACUAUUAGAAGUUGGAGCAGUUGCCAAUAACGCUACUAUAACUGAUGAAACAUUGAUGGGACAACCCACAGAAGGGGCCCUUUUGGCCGCUGCAAUGAAACAUGGAAUGUACAAUGUUGCAGACAGAUACAUAAGACUCAAAGAGUAUCCGUUUUCAUCUGAGGAAAAAAUGAUGACUGUCAAGUGUGUGUCUAAGUAUGAUGGCAAAGAGGAAGUUUUCUUUACCAAAGGGGCAUUGGAGAAAAUUUUGCCCAAAUGCACUAAUUAUAGUGCGAAUGGUAUUGGGCAACCUUUAACACCGGAAAAACAAGCAGACUUUAUCGCUGAAAGCGUUGAAAUCGCCAAAAAAGGCUUAAGGGUGAUCGCCAUGGCUAGAGGCGAUAGUUUAACAAAUUUGACUUAUGUGGGCAUUGUGGGCAUAUGCGACCCACCCAGACCGAUGGUACGAGAGGCUAUAAAUCUCCUUACAGAAUCUGGGGUGCAAGUUAAAAUGGUAACUGGAGAUGCAAUGGAAACUGCUGUGGCUAUUGCUCAGUCUAUUGGUCUUCAAACUCAACCAUCAAACGUCCUUUCUGGUGAACAGUUGGACUCUUUUACGGAACCCGAGUUGGAUGGAGCAGUACCUCAUGCUACAGUUUUCUAUAGGGUUUCGCCCAAAAAUAAGCUUUCAAUAGUCAAAUCUCUUCAAAGGUCGGGUUACAUUGUUGGUAUGACUGGCGACGGCGUCAACGAUGGGGUGGCCUUGAAAAAGGCCGACAUUGGUAUAGCGAUGGGCAAAAAUGGUACAGAUGUGUGCAAAGAGGCAGCCGAUAUGAUUCUUGUAGAUGAUGAUUUUUAUACUAUAAUUGCAGCAAUUGAAGAAGGCAAAAGCAUCUUUCACAAUAUAAGGAAUUUUGUGGGAUUUCAACUUUCUACAUCGAUAGCGGCUUUGGCUUUGGUGGCUCUGGCCACCAUAAUGGACAUUCCCAAUCCUUUAAAUGCUAUGCAAAUUCUAUGGAUUAAUAUUUUAAUGGAUGGUCCUCCUGCACAAAGCUUAGGAGUUGAACCUGUAACUGACGACAUUGUUAAUCAAAAAUCCAGAAACACCAAGGAACCGAUGAUUACCAAAAAGCUUAUAGCCAAUGUGUUGUUGUCUGCCACUUUUAUUGUUGCAGGCACUCUAUGGGUUUUUAGAAAAGAGAUGACUGAAGAUGGAGUAACAGCAAGGGACACCACAAUGACCUUCACCUGUUUCGUAUUCUUUGACAUGUGGAAUGCGCUUAGUUACAGAUCGCAAACGAAAAGUGUUUUCCAAAUAGGGCUUUUUUCCAACACGUUUUUCCUGGUUGCAGUGGGUGCUUGUGUCUUGGGCCAACUGCUGGUAGUCUACUUGCCACCCUUACAAGGUGUUUUCCAAACUGAAGCUCUAACUGCUAUGGAUAUGCUAUUUUUGGUUGGUCUAUCUUCAACAGUGUGGAUAUUCUCAGAAAUUCGUAAAUUGUUUGAGAGACUAUUGGAAAAGAAGUGCAAGGGCAAAAAGACGCCGCUAGAGUACGUAUGACAGCGACGCCAGAAGCCUAAAAAGGGCUCAAAGACGCGUUACUAUUGCUAAACAAAGGGCAACUCGAAUUUUGUGCGUGUGUGCGUUUUUAUUUGUUAAUAUUUACAUUCAAGGACAAAAUAAAUCAAAUUGCGAACAUACACUUUGUAUAUUUUCAUAUAUUAUUGGCACACACAUAUCUCCAAAAGGUAGCUACUUUAUAUUUGAGUAUUAUUUUUUGUACAUGCUGUUUAUAUUAUUGUAUAUUUUUUUUAUAUUUUUGUUUAAGUACUUAUUAAGAGUUUUAUCAUCUAUUUGCACCACCAAUAGGCUUAAAGUGUACAUAUAUAUUUCUGUGCUUUACUGAUGUUGCACUUGAAAAUAAUGCUCAUCUAAGUUAUUCUAGUAAUUAAAAUCAUUUGAAACACACUCAUAUGGCUGUAAUUAGUAAGAACUAUUUAAGUUUUAAGCUAUUUUAUAUUAUUUAUCAAGAUUCUCUUUAUUCUCAUCCCUCAUAGUAGACUUAAUUGUUAGUUUUUCGUGUGGACAAUUUUGAUGUUGAUAAUAAUAAAUAAAUAAAAUGACCAUUAUAUACCA